AUGAUUGCUAGCAAUGGCAACAAGAAGGUGGAGAUAAUAUUUGACCAGGAGCAUUGGGUCCCAAAUACUGAGUACAGUAAUAAGAAGUUCACUACUGCUAUAGGGAUUGAUCGGGGUUCGAAGUCGAGCUCCGAGUACAUAAUUAACCUCACAAUAUUUAUAAAGGAUAAAUGUGAGAAGAAUUCAACUAGCCGAAAAAGACAAAGGAGUACGCAUCGUGGCGGAGCUAUGCCUUUCAUUCAACAUGCUUUGAGGACAGCCAAGGAGGGCAAUCCUUUGUCUUUCAUAGACAAUUGGGCAGCUAUGUAUCAAGAUUCAAAUAGCAAUUGGGUUAGUGAUGCUGCACGUGAUAAAUAUGAUCGACUGAAAAAUAAGAGAGAAGAGCAUAAGGAGAAACUAACCCUGGAGGCACCAGAGGGUACUCCACCAGAAUCUGUACAAGUUACUGCGCGUGAUGAGAUUCCAAUCAUGGCUGAAGAGUGUGGAAGGAAGGGAAAAAGAGUUCGUGGUUUAGGCUCGUUUCCUCCCAUGGAGCUUCCAACUGUUACAUCUUCAAUAGCUGUGAGUUCUGAGAUGAACGUAAUGCAAGAUAAAGUGAAGAAGCUUGAAUCAACUGUGGACACUAUGCGGUCACAAAAUACACAGCUAAUGACAAUGUUGAAGAAGUUCCUGAUGAAUAAUAGUCAAGGCUGCUUUGCUGAUACAGAAAACAUUAACAUGAAUAUCGUAGUACCCAACAGUGAAGAAGAUGAUGUCUUUGGAAGAGAUGAAGACGGUGUCCAAAACAAUGGAGAUAAUUCUGAAACAGAGGAUUUGGAGAAAGAUUUGUGA